AUGGAUCCUCGCCUCUCUACCAGGGAAGCCAGCGUGCUCCAUGCCGCCGCCGUCACCCGCAACUACGCCGUCGAGCCCCGUCUCGAUUACCGCACCGUCGCCGGUGUUAAUGGACCCUUGGUUAUGCUCGACAAUGUCAAGUUCCCCAAGUUCUCCGAGAUUGUCGAACUUACUCUUCCUGACGGUACCAAGCGUGCCGGUCAGGUCCUGGAAGUCCAGGGCAAGCGUGCUGUCGUCCAGGUCUUCGAGGGCACCACAGGAAUCGAUGCCAAGCAGACUCACGCCGAGUUCUCGGGAGAUGUCUUGAAGAUGCCUGUCUCUGAGGACAUGUUGGGACGUGUUUACAACGGAUCAGGAAAGAGUAUCGAUAAGGGACCCAAGGUCUUUGCUGAGGACUACCUCGACAUCAACGGUUCUCCUAUCAACCCUUACUCGCGUAUUUACCCCGAGGAAAUGAUUCAGACCGGUAUCUCUGCCAUCGACACCAUGAACUCGAUUGCUCGUGGUCAAAAGAUCCCCAUUUUCUCUGCCGCAGGUCUUCCUCACAACGAGAUUGCUGCCCAGAUUUGCAGACAGGCUGGUUUGGUCAAGAAGACCAAGGGAGUGUUCGAUGACCACGAGGACAACUUUGCUAUUGUGUUCGCCGCUAUGGGAGUCAACAUGGAGACUGCUCGUUUCUUCAAGCAGGAUUUCGAGGAGGACGGUUCGAUCGAGCGUGUCACCCUGUUCCUCAACUUGGCCAACGAUCCCACUAUCGAACGUAUUAUUACUCCUCGUUUGGCACUGACCACCGCCGAGUACUAUGCCUACCAGUUGGAGAAGCACGUCUUGGUUAUCUUGACCGAUAUGAGUUCCUACGCCGAUGCCUUGCGUGAGGUCUCUGCUGCCCGUGAGGAGGUUCCUGGUCGUCGUGGUUACCCCGGUUACAUGUACACUGAUUUGUCGACCAUCUACGAGCGUGCCGGUCGUGUCGAUGGACGUAACGGAUCCAUUACCCAGAUCCCUAUUCUUACCAUGCCCAACGAUGAUAUUACUCACCCUAUUCCCGAUUUGACUGGAUUCAUUACCGAGGGCCAGAUCUUCAUUGACAGACAGUUGCACAACCGUCAGAUCUACCCACCAAUCAACGUCUUGCCUUCGCUCUCGCGUCUUAUGAAGUCUGCUAUCGGUGAGAAGUUGACCCGCAAGGAUCACGGAGAUGUCUCUAACCAGCUCUACGCCAAGUAUGCCAUCGGUCGUGAUGCUGCUGCCAUGAAGGCCGUCGUCGGAGAGGAAGCCCUGAACCAGGAAGAUAAGCUCUCUCUUGAGUUCUUGGAGAAGUUUGAGAAGACCUACAUCGCUCAAGGAAACUACGAGUCGCGUACUGUUUUCGAGUCCCUUGACCAGGCCUGGUCGUUGCUCCGCAUCUUCCCCAAGGAGAUGUUGAACCGUAUUCCCCAAAAGUUGUUGGCCGAGUUCUACCAGCGUGAUCGCAAGGGCCGUGGACGCCAAGCCAGCAGAGGAGAUGGCGAGGCAGCAGGAGCUGACGAGGACCAGGGUGAUGAUGAUAACUAG